UGGUGCUUUUUCUAGCAGCGCUAAGGGAAGUGUCCUCCAUGGUGUCAUUGUAGGCUUGUUGAGGUUGAACAUUCAGAUUUUUAGAAAUGUCUGGCUACACACCAGACGAAAAGCUCCGCGUCGACCAGCUCGCGACGCUCCGGAGGCAGUGGCUGAAGGACCAGGAGCUGAGCCCGAGGGAGCCCGUGAUACAAGCUAAACCUCCCGGCCCCAUCGCCAAGUUCUGGGCUGGUUUUCUGGAGCCCAAGAGCCUAUGGAGACUUUACACCUACAAAGCAUACAGAGGUGGAGUCUUCACAUUAACACGGCUGUUGAUACCUGCUUGGAUUGUUCACUACUAUGUGAAGUACCAUGUUGCAGAAAAGCCGUAUGCCAUUAUGGCACAGAAACCCAAGCUGUUCCCAGGUGACACCAUUCUUGAGACGGGUGAAGUUGUUCCAGAUCUCCCUGAGAGCCAUGGUCAUCACUGAAUGGGAAAUAUUUCAGUAAUUUAGAGCUUCUGUUGUAAAAACUGUGUAUAUGCCAAUAAAUAUUAUAAAGUA